UCGCUGGUGGCUGGCUUGUGCAGAGAUGUACUUCCACUGGGCUGCGGAUUCCCGGCAGCCUCGGCGCCUGAACGGGAGAGAUGGCCUUGAGCUCUUGCAGGCAGCCAGUGGGGAGCGCCACUCCCUGCUACUGUUCAGCAACCACCGGGUGUACUCCUGUGGGGACAACAGCUUGGGCCAGCUGGGCCAGAAGAGAGAGCAGAAUACCGAACAGCCAGAACCAAUUCAGGCUUUGGGUACUCUGGACAUUGACCUCGUGAGCUGUGGGAAGGAGCACUCCAUAGCUGUCUGCCAUAAAGGAAGGGUCUUUGCUUGGGGAGCAGGUUCGGAAGGGCAGCUGGGGAUCGGAGAAUUUAAGGAAAUAAAUUUAAUGCCUAUGAGAAUAAAAACUCUGGGUGGCAUAAAAAUAAUACAAGUUUCCUGUGGACACUACCACUCCUUGGCAUUAUCAGAAGAUGGCCAAGUGUUUUCAUGGGGAAAAAACAGCCAAGGGCAGCUGGGCUUGGGGAUGCAGUCCAGUUCCCAAGCCAGCCCACAGAAGGUGACGUCCCUGGAGGGAAUCCCACUGGCCCAGGUAGCUGCAGGCGGCUCUCACAGUUUUGCUCUCUCUCUCACGGGGACUUCAUAUGGUUGGGGAAGCAACAGUGUUGGGCAGCUGGCCCUCAGUGGGGAAAACUCCACAGAAGUGCAAAUCUCCAAGCCUCAUUCAAUUGAUGCCCUGAAGAAUCUAGGUGUGAUUUAUAUCAGCUGUGGUUAUGAGCACACUGCAGUGCUUACCAAGGAUGGGCAAGUGUUUACAUUUGGAGACAAUAGCUCUGGGCAGCUACAGAACAACCCCAGGGGUAAGAGAAGAGGCCCACAACUCGUGGAAGGAAUCAAGGGCCAAGUUUCAAAGAUAGAGUGUGGAAGUUAUCACACCAUUGCAUAUGUCUAUACCACUGGCCAGGUGGUAUCUUUAGGCCAUGGACCACGCCCCACAAGCAACCCAACUCAUCAGAAGGCCCCAGCAGAGAGCUCUGACAUCAUUUGCCUGCUCUCUGCAGCAGACCUCGUGGAUGUUAAAGUCAAAGACAUUUUUGCUGGAGCAUAUGCCAACUUUGCAACAACUCAUCGGGUAUCACAUGCUAGGUCCAAGAGUGUUUCCAUGAAAAUCCUGCCAGAAAUUAGCCGAAUCAACCAGUCGCUAGCAAAGAAAUGGAUAGCAGCAAAAAUAAAUAAGGAGCUUGCAGAAGCCAAAAGGGAAAUCAACUUAAUAUUUUCAUCCUCUGCUUGUUUGACUGCAAGCUUUUUGAAGAAAAGAGAUACAAGAGAGGAGAAUUUCGUUGACGUGGACUUAACAAUGGCAAGGAAUGUCUUCAAGAAGUUAACAGCAGUGAAAUGGAUUUCUCCCUUGAUAACUACAUGUCUUGAGGAUAAUCUGCUUGGAGAUCUUCCAUGCCAUUCUCAACAUCAAGAUGCUCUAUUGAUUUUUCUUUUGCUCCCGGAAUGUCCACUGAUGCAGAAUAACAGGAACUGGAAGACCCUGACAGUUAAAUUUGCAAAGGCUAUUUGUAAAAUGAAUAAGGAAUCAUUAGCUUUCUUGAGAAAGUGUUGGGCAUCUUUAGAAGCUUCUUCUCUGGAUACAGUGGUCCAGAUGUUAAAGAGAGCUAUCACCAUCAUCUCUCAACUGCAUGAUCCAUAUUCAAAAAUACAGCAUCAAUGUGAUCUUAAAGCUCUUUUAGAAGUGAUGAAACAUGUGCAUAAGGUUGAAUUUAUUAAAGAAAUUUGUUUUGAGGCUGGAGGGGUGACUUCAGAGUUCUUCCACUGUAUAUUUGAAGAGAUGACAGCCCCCAAAUAUGAAAUGUUCAUGUAUCCUGAAAAGAGUUCCUGUAUGUGGUUUCCAGUCAAUCCUAAGUUUGAGAACAAGGACUAUUUCUUCUUUGGGGUCUUGUGUGGACUCUCCCUAUCCAAUGUAAAGGUUGUCAACCUUCCUUUCCCACUGGCUUUAUAUAAAAAACUUCUGAAACAGAAGCCAUCUCUGGAAGAUUUAAAAGAACUGAGUUUUCCCUUGGGGAAGAGUUUGCAAGAAGUUCUAAACUGUGAGGCUGGUGACGUUGAAGAACUUCACAUACAUUUUUCCAUACACUGGGAUAAAAAAGAUGUUAACUUGAUUCCAAAUGGGAUCUCUGUACCUGUGAACGAAACCAACAAGCAAGACUAUGUUUCUAAGUGUGUUGAUUACAUUUUUAACACCUCUGUAAAGACGAUUUAUAAGGAAUUUUAUAGGGGUUUUUACACGGUGUGUAACUUGGAUAUAAUUAGGCAGUUCCAGCCCGAAGAACUAAAGACAGCGAUAACUGGAAAUGAUAAUUGUGACUGGAAACAAUUUGAAAAUAAUUCACUGUAUGAAAGAGAAUACCACAAAUCACAUCCAACUAUUCUACUCUUUUGGAAGGCUUUCCAUAAAUUAACUUUGGAUGAAAAGAAAAAAUUUCUCCUAUUUCUUACAGGAUCUGAUAGGCUUCAUGUAAAAGGCCUACAGUAUGAAGGAAUAAGAUUUCGUUGCCCUCAAACUUUAACUGAAGAUGAUAACCCGAGAUCAUUGACAUGUCACAGUAUUCUAGACCUGCCGAAAUAUUCUACAAUGGAAAGAAUGGAAGAAGCACUUCAAGUAGCAAUCAACAGUAACAAGGGGUUUGUCUCCCAAAGAUGAUGAAAUAACCACCUCUGAGCAUCAUAGUCACAGCCUCAGGAAUUAGGUCUUUGACCUUUGGUUCUUCUGUCUUUCCUUAAUCUAAUUAGUAUAAGAGGUUAAAGGAGAUUACUUAGAAUUAGUUGGAUAGUUUUUGAGAUGAAGAAGUUAUAAAUUAAUAUUUUUAGUACAACAAUAUUCUGUAAAAUAUUUGCUAUAUUCCUUUGCUAUUAGAAUGUUUGUUUUGGCUGAAAUAUUUUCUGAACAACAAUUAUCAUUUCAUAAUAUGCUAAAUAUUUAAAAUAUUCAGUAUUGGGGCUAGAGAAAGAGCGAAGUGGUUAACAGCACUGGCUGCUCUUCCAGAGGACCAGGGUUCAAUUCCCAGCACCCACAUGGCAGUUCAUUUCCUAUCUGUAAGUCUCUAGUUCUGGUAGAUCUAACACCCUCUUCUGGCCUCCGAGGCAAUGCCUGGAUAUGGCACACAGACAUACAUUCAGACAAAACCCCCAAAAUUAAAAAUUAUAAAUAAAUUAUUUUAUUAUUAUUAAAUAAUUAAUGAUUAAAUUAAAUUAAAUUAAAAAUAAAUAAAUAAAAUAGUAUUUAUUUAAAAUAUUACUGUACCAAUAAUAAAUGACUGAUUUGAAAGAAUGUAUAAUUCUGAAAAUGUUAGCAAAAAUAUAGAUUGCUUUUAGCACGUUUUUGAGGCAUAUAGAUGUAUAUUUUGUAUUAGGAAUUAUAUUUGGAGUUUUUGAUCCUAGUAAAUGCUAAAUAAUUUAUUUUCAAUAUCUAAGUGUUGAGAUUUAGGAUUGUUUGAACAUAUUUAUACUUAUGCUUAUUACAGUGCUCCUGAAGUCAUUUUAAAUGUAGAUACUGUUAAUUCAGUAAAAUACUGAGCUAAAUCAGGAGCCCAUACCUACUUGUCAUCAGAAAAAUGUGAAGCAGUUGAAAUGUGUCUUUUUAUGAUGUAACAGAGUAAAUGAAGCAAUGUAACUACUGUGGGAAAUGACCAAUACAUCUUGUUUACUGGUUUUACUUAACGUUAAAACAUAAACUGCAUUAUACACCUUUGAAAUGAUUGCAUAAACUCACAUAGUUUGUCAUAAGAGUGGCCUGUAUGCUGCUGUGACAGGCCCUCCUCAUGAAAAAGGUCCUUUCUUGUACCGAUGUUGUAUAAUACAUUAUGAGACUUUGUAUGUGAGUUGUUUACUGGACUCCAAAGGAACCAAAUAAACUAAUAAAUGUUGAUUAUGAAA